AUGAGGCUCCUCAACACGUCCACCAUAGCGCUGGAGGAAUUCUAUGGCAGCGCCAUUCCCGAGUACGCCAUCCUCUCCCAUCGCUGGCUCGACGACGAAGUCUCCUUCCAAGACCUGCAGUCCGGCCAGGCCGCCUCCAAGGCCGGUUACGCCAAGAUCCAGCGCUGCUGCGAGCAAGCCGCCCAAGAUGGCCUCGCAUACGCCUGGGUCGACACGUGCUGCAUCGACAAGACGUCCUCGGCCGAGCUCAACGAAGCCAUCAACUCCAUGUACGCCUGGUACCGCGACUCGGCACUCUGCUACGCCUUCUUGUCUGACGUGUCCGCUGCGGCAGCCGACGGCUCCUUUGAUGACAGCGCCUGGUUCACGCGCGGCUGGACCCUGCAGGAGCUCAUUGCCCCCGCCCACGUCGUCUUCUACAACGCCACCUGGCAGACGCUGGGCAGCCGUGACGAGGUCCCCCUCAUGGAGCGCAUCGCGCGCAUCACGCAGAUUGACGCCGCCAUUCUCUGCGGCGAGGCCGAGCUCGACGAGCGCAGCGUGGCGCAGCGCAUGGCCUGGGCGGCGGGCCGCACCACCACGCGCCUCGAGGACCGCGCCUACAGCCUCCUCGGCCUGUUUGGCGUCAACAUGCCGCUGCUGUACGGCGAGGGCGGCACGCGCGCGUUUCUGCGCCUGCAGGAGGAAAUCAUGAAGGCAUCGGACGACCAGUCGCUGUUUGCGUGGGGAGGCAGCACCAGCGUCGCGGAAGACGGGCAGCUGACGGGUCUCCUGGCAGGCUCGCCGGCCGACUUUUCCGACUGCGCCAGCAUAGUCGUGGCGCGCCAGCGCUGGAACCAUCAGCCGUACCAGAUGACGAAUCGCGGUCUGUCGGUCGAGAUGCCCAUGGUGCCGUGGGGCCCGGAGACGUUCAUGGCGGCCCUGGACUGCGAGGACGCAAGCGCGCAGGACGGCCGCGUGGGCAUCUACCUGCGCAUGAUGCAGGACAAGGAGCAGUAUGCGCGCGUGCGGUUCCGCGACGACGCCGGGGAGAGCCGCGCGCUGCAGUCGUUUGCGCAGAGGCUGGCGCCGACGGCCAAGUAUCGCAAGAUAUACGUCCGCCAGCGGAACACGGAGCCGGCGCGGCCGAGGACCAAGCGCCGAGUGCCGGGUGCAGCUGCGCCUUCCACGUCCGCAGCCAGUGGCAGCACGACAACCGUCGUCAUCAACACGAAAAACAGCGGCAGUGUCCCUGCCGACCCCACGCCCGUCUACGGCUUCCACAUCCGGACCGUGCCGAUCAAGUUCAUCACCGUCGCGGACCCCCAGCAUCCAGGCUACCCCGUGUCCGAGGUGUACCUCGCGCCCGGCGGCCGUGCCUGGGAUGACAACACGCGCAUCGUGACGCUGCCCGCCGGCGCCGGCGGCACCGUGGCCGCGCUGUGGCUGAGGAGCAAGAAGCGCAGCUACACACUCAAAGUCGGUUUCGACGCCGACUUCAACCCGAUCGCACAGUACGGCGGCAUGCUGUCGAGCCCCGACGUGCGGCCGCCGCUGCCGCACAACUCGCUCGAGGCCAUACUACAUCCGGCGUGGAUGGCAGUGCCGCGGAGCGACUACCUGUUUCGCGGAGACAGGCUGCGCGGCGGCCUGAAGCUGGAUGGCUUUCCGUGGCGGGUGAGCAUGCAGCACGAGGUGGUGGGGAAUGAAAAGAUGUGGGUGCUGGACAUCGAGGACAGUUAG